AUAUCAUUUAUACAUAUCCACAUACAAAAGCACAAGAGAGAGAGAAAGAGAAAGAGAGAGAGACAGAAGUCUUCUAUGUCAAGAUCUAGGGUUUGCAUUCCCAUACCCAUAGACUACUGUAUAGAGCUCUAGCUAUGUCUUUCUCGAAGCCAACUCUGUAUUGGUAAGUUUGAUACAUUAAUUUCUUGCUAAGAUCUGUCCCAGCAUGGGGGAGGAAAAAACAGAAAGACAGCAAAUAGAUGACAAACUCAAUUCAUUACAGAGCUAGAUACCAAAAGGCCCUAAUCCCUAAUUAUUGCUUCUAUAGUGUUCAAAUUAUUUUGUAUUCCUAAAAGCCACAGUGUUGAUUUUGUCUCAUCUAUAUACCAUAAACCCUGUACAUAGAGGGAGCAAAGAAAGGAGAAAUAGCAACAAAGAUGGAGGAAAGUGGUGGCUGUGAGUGUUCAAAGAUGAGCCCUUCCAACCCAAAUGAAGAUGGAAGCGAAAGCGGGGAGAAUGAUGAUGAUUAUAAGCCGAAAAAUGGAGGGAGCUCGAGCAAUAAUAGCACGGUGGAAGAGAGCGAGAAGAAAUCAUCAUCAGUGAGGCCAUAUGUUAGAUCCAAGAUGCCUAGGCUCCGGUGGACGCCUGAUCUUCAUCUUCGUUUUAUUCAUGCUGUUGAAAGACUUGGUGGUCAAGAUAGAGCCACACCAAAGAUGGUUCUUCAGCUUAUGAACAUCAAAGGACUAAGUAUUGCUCAUGUCAAGAGCCAUUUACAGAUGUAUAGAAGCAAGAAGGUGGAUGAUCCGGGUCAAGUUUUAGCCGAUCAUAGGCAUCUUGUGGAAAGUGGAGAUCGCAAUAUUUAUAACCUCAGCCAACUUCCAAUGCUUCAAGGAUACAAUCCAAGCCACAAUUCCAAUUUCCGAUAUGGACAUGGAGAUUCUUCUUGGAGUAAAGCUUAUGAAAACUUGAUGAGUUGUAGGGGUCGUAGCUCAACCAACAACUAUGGUGCUGGAUUUUAUGGUACAGUGAGUGAGAAGAUCUUUGGCAGCAACUAUAACAGUUGGACUAAUUACAAUUUCCAUAGGAGAGCUUCAACUUUUGGUGAACAAUCAGGUUGGAGAACCCAUGAACUCAAAGAUGGUUUCCAGUCAUUUCAUCACAACCAUGAAUCCUUGCACAAUCAACCAAGAUUGACUCCUAUUGAUCUUAACCCGGUAACCCAUCUAAAAGCAGAAGUACUACUACAAGAGCAUAGAAGUUCUAGUAAUAGCAAUGUCCCUUCAGAAUUCAACAAAACAAGUAAUCUACAAGAGUGGAAGACCUUGAAAAGGAAAGCCUCAGAUUGCAACCUCGAUUUGGAUCUAUCUCUUAGGCUAACGUCGUCGAGGAAUGAUGACAACCAUAGAAGAAGCUUGGUGGACCACAAAGUUGAUCAUAGUAAUCUGUCUCUGUCUUUGUAUUCUCAAUCAUCAUCAAGUCUUUCUAGCUUGAAGGACGGACGUGUUGAUGGUAAUAAAGAGCAAGCUAAAUGCGCAAGUACUCUGGAUCUGACUAUAUGAAUGCAACAAUUCUAAGUGAGAUCUUGAGGUACUUGUUCCAAAUAAUUCAA